AUGAGGCUCAAAACUACUACCAAACUUGUUUGUUUAAGUAAGCAGCAAUUACAUGAGCAGAAUCAGGAAUUGGCUGAGGAACGCUUUGCAGUGGUAUCCGAGCAAUCUUUAGAGCUCAUCCUUGAGGUUGCAUGCUCAUUCUGUGACGCAAGAUGGUCUCGUGUCCACAUUUUGCAACAGCUGACUGUUUUUGACGCGCUUGUUGAUGUCCUGUUCAAUAUAAAAGACCUGCAUUUCAGCAGAUCUGGUGAGGUUGCUGGCAUUAUUAAUAAGAUGGUGAAUGCUUUCAAAGGUGUGAUUCAGAGGACCUCAAAUGACAUCCGUGGCAGCAAAGAAUCCACCAUCCACCCAGCAACUUUGGUCCUCGUACAAGUCCUGGAAUUCUUCUGGCGUAACGGAGAUAUGGUGCAGUCAAUCCUUGAAUCUGGAGAUUACAACACUGGCCCGUGCUCUGACAUGCUUGAUUGUCUGGUAUCCAAGCUCAAGGAAUGUUCAGAAAUGAUUUUCCAGGAAAAGGGACAAAGGUGCAUAUUCUUUCUGAAUAACCUAAUUUAUGUUCUGCAAAAGGAGUGCCAUUCAGGGUUACUCCCUCGCAAUGCAGUGAGUGAUUUAAAUUCACUGAUUGACCAGAGCAUCAAGAGCUACCUUGAAGAAUACUGGGUUGCGCUCGUGAGAUGUUUAUGCUUGGAUGGGGACUCUCUGACUCUGAGGAAGCCGCGCCGUUCGUCCUUGGAUAAAUUUACUGAAGAGUUCUGCACUAUCUAUGACAGCCAGAGGACUUGGAAAGUUCAGCCUUGGCUUAAGGCAAGACUGCGUGAACAGAUAGUGGAACUGGUUGUUCCAGAAUAUGAGAAGUUCUUGAUGGCGCUUCAGGAGAAUCCAGGUUCUUGGUUGACGAGGAUGCGCCGAGCCAGAUCUGAGAAACCGAUACACACUGCUGAGCGGCUGGGACAGCUGAUUCGUGAACUCUUUGAAAGAUAG